AUGUCGUGGAGGUAUGAGGAUGAAGGUGGUGGUGGAAAUUCGUCGAACUACGAUCCACAUGGUGGGAGAAAUGCGUUUCGAAUGAAUUCUGAUGAAAUUUCGGCUUCAGGUAUGAUUUUUAACAUGAGCAAUGGGCAAAAAUUCGAGAAAAUUUGAAAAAAAAAGGAUUUUUGGGAUAGGUGUAAAUGCGGAGUGUCGUUUGAAGAUUUUUUUUGGGUUUAAUAUGAGCAAUCCUAGUUUUAUAGGUGGAUCUGAGCAAUUCUAAAAGUUUUCAAAAGUUAACCUGAGCAAUUCUAAACUUUUCCCAGAGUAUAAUCUGAACAAUUUUUGAAAAUUUAAAUUUUUUUAAAUUUAACCUGAGCAAUCCUAAUUUUACUGCUUGACCUGAGCAAUUCUAAACUUUUUCCAAAGUAUAAUCUGAGCAAUCUAUAUUAUCUUCAAAAAAAAAUUUCUAACCUGAGCAAUCCCGAAAUUUCCAGGAUUUCUUAGAAAAAAUUAAUAACCUGAGCAAUGUUUUCUGAAAUUUGAAAAAAAUAAGUCUAACCUGAGCAAUCCCAAUUUUAGAGCACAUCUGAAAAUUUCAAAAUCCACGUGGCAAAAAUUUUCAGCUCUGAAUUUCAAGCUGAAUCUGAAAAUUCCAGAAUCCACGUGGCAUUUCCAGAAAUUUCAGUCAGAAUUUAAGCAUGUUUGGUGUCAAAAUGCUCCAAAUUUCAAGCUGAAUCCAAAAAUUCCAGAAUCCACGUGGAAUUUUCAGAAUUUUCAGCCAAAAUUCCACAUUUUCCAGAACGUUCAAUGCGCGCGAUGCGCUCCUUCACCCAAUCCAUCGACGACGAGAAUCUCGGCGGACCUCCCGAACUUCCAGCAUCUCUAGACAUCGAUCAGAUUCCACUGGGCACGAUGUCCACGUCAGAUACGAAUGACACAAUCAUCGAGAUCAGAUCUGGAACAAGUUCGAGGAAGGUGGAUCCACAGUUGGGCGAGACUCAGAAGUAUAAGAUGGCUGUGCCUGGGCCAGGACAUAGUGAGCAAGAGCAAGAGUUGCACAAGAGUCUGAUUCGGGAUGAGGAGGAUGCGGAGGUUGAGGGGCUUAUGGGGGCCCCUCAGGGGCCUCCGGGCCCCCAGGGCCCCCCAGAGCCUCCCAGCUCCCUGAACUUCGAACUUCGACAUGCUUACGAUCAGAAGAUCCGAAAGCGGCCGACCACACCGACUUCUGGAUGUGUUUUGGAUGGAAUCGCAUUCCUGGCUGAACAGGAGAUCCAGGAGAGAAAAUCGGAAGAGGAGAAGAUCAGAGUGUCGAUACCGAAAAAGAAGCGAGCGGAGAAUAUGAGCGAGUUUUUUGAGCAGAUGCAUAGUCAGAUUCCGGGACAGGUGAGGGGGAAGUUUUGGGGAGGGUUUGGGAGUUUUUAGGGGACCUUAGGAAGUUCUUAGGAAGAUCUUAGAGCCUCGAAGAAGUUCUUAGGGACUUUGGGAAGUUCUUAAGAAAAUCUUAGGAACCUUAGAGAGUUAAUAAGGAACUUGAGAUGAUUUUUAAGUUUUUUUGGUAGUUCUUAGGUACCUUAAGAAGAUCUUAUGGACCUUAGGGAGUUCACAAGGAACUUAUUGUGUUUAGGAAGUUCUUGAGAGGGCUUUAGGGACCUUAGGAAGUUCUUAGAGUCCUUAAGAAGAUCUUAGAGCCUCUAAUAAGAUCUUAUGGACCUUAGGGAGUGCACAAGGAACUUAAUGUGUUUAGGAAGUUCUUAAGAGGGUUUUAAGGACCUUAGGAAGUUCUUAGAGUCCUUAAUAAGAAAUUAGGUUCUUUAGGAAGAUAUUAGAGGCCUUAGGGAGGUAAUAAGGAAUUUAAGAUGUUUUUUAAGUUUUUAGUAAGAUCUUAGGGACCUUAGAAAGUUUAGGAAGAUUUCUGAAAGUUCUUAGGGAGCUUAGGGAGCUCUUAGGGACCUUAAGAAAUCCCGAAAAUUUUCCAGAAUCUAAUCUGAGCAAUGAUUUUUCUUUUUUUCUCAAGAUUUCCAUAAAUUAUAGACUUCUGUGAAGCUUAACAUGAGCAAUACCAGAAAAAUUUUAGAAAUACUUUAACCUGAGCAAUCCCCAUCAAAAUUUUCCCCUAACCUGAGCAAUCCCCUACUUUUUUUGCAGACAAGACGUGGCAGUGUUUCGGGUCGUACAACUCCGCUCAAUGAUUAUGAGGGUGAUAUUUUGGACGAGAAUCCGAACUACAAAAAUAAGGUACAGUAAUCUAAAUGGGAGUUUAAAGGGAGGUACAGUAAUCUAGAGGGAGUUUAAAGGGAGGUACAGUAAUCUAAAUGGGAGUUUAAAGGGAGGUACAGUAAUCUAGAGGGGGUUUAAAGGGAGGUACAGUAAUCUAGAUGAGUUUAAAGGGAGGUACAGUAAUCUAGAGGGGGUUUAAAGGGAGGUACAGUAAUCUAGAGGGGGUUUUAAAGGGAGGUACAGUAAUCUAGAGGAGUUUAAAGGGAGGUACAGUAAUCUAGAGGGGGUUUAAAGGGAGGUACAGUAAUCUAGAGGGAGUUUAAAGGGAGGUACAGUAAUCUAUAUGGGUUUAAAGGGAGAUACAGUAAUCUAUAUGGGUUUAAAGGGAGGUAGUUAUCUAGAGGGAUUUAAAAAAUUACAGACCUACAGUAAUCCUCUACAGUAAUCUCCAGAACCCAUAAUAAUCUUCUACAGUACCACAGAAGCCUUCAGAAGCCUCUACAGUACCCCUGAACCCUUAGGAAGCCUCUACAGUACCCCAGAGUCAUCUACAGUACCCCCUGAACCCUACAGUACCCCUCUGAAAUUCCAGGCUCCACCAGCUCCAGUCGUCCACCGUCGUUCCAGCGUCGAAUGGGAGAAUUUUGCGGGUGAGCUCGAAAAAAAAAAUUUUUUUUUUUUUUUUUUUUUUUUUUGAAAAACAUACUAAUCCCCUCAUUUGGUGCUGAAAAUAUAUAUUUUUCUCCACUUUUUUUCUCUGCGUCUCUCACUCUCUCACUCUCUCAUAAGCUGCUCGCGGAGCACACAGCAACUACUAAAAAAGAGUAAAAGUGUGUGCGGCACAUUAUUCAUGACGUGUGCUCCGCGCGACUUUUUUUGUGCACUUUUUGAGCAGCGGGGGAGCCCAAUUUGGAUUUUUGAUGAGCGCACAAAUUUUUGCGGCUCGGAGAUUUUUUAGCUAAAAAAAUUAUAGGGUUUGCUCUAGCUGUCUGGCUCCUCUGUGCUCUCUAACCCCUCUCUAGCCGUCUGCUUCCUUUUACUCUCUAACCCUUCUCUAGCUGUCUGCUUCCUCUGUGCUCUCUAACCCCUCUCUAGCCGUCUGCUUCCUCUUACUCUCUAACCCUUCUCUAGCUGUCUGCUUCCUCUUGCUCUCUAACCCCUCUCUAGCCGUCUGCUUCCUCUUGCUCUCUAACCCUUCUCUAGCUGUCUAGACUCUCUGAUUCCCUUGUGCUCUCUAGCCCUUCUCUAGCUGUCUAGACUCUCUCGUUUUCCUCUUGCUCUCUAAACCUUCUCUAGCUGUCUGUUUCUCUACGUCUCUAACCUCUUUAGCUUCCCUAGGUGUCUGGUUGUCUAGCUUCUCUACGUCUCUAACCUCUCCAAUGCUCUCUAACCCUUCUCUAGCUGUCUGCUUCCUCUAGCUGCUCUCUAACCCUUCUCUAGCUGUCUGCUUCCUCUAGCUCUCUAACCCUUCUCUAGCUACCUGGCUUCUCUGUGCUCUCUAACCCCUCUCUAGCCGUCUGCUUCCUUUUACUCUCUAACCCUUCUCUAGCUGUCUGCUUCCUCUGUGCUCUCUAACCCCUCUCUAGCCGUCUGCUUCCUCUUACUCUCUAACCCUUCUCUAGCUGUCUGCUUCCUCUUGCUCUCUAACCCCUCUCUAGCCGUCUGCUUCCUCUUGCUCUCUAACCCUUCUCUAGCUGUCUAGACUCUCUGAUUCCCUUGUGCUCUCUAGCCCUUCUCUAGCUGUCUAGACUCUCUCGUUUUCCUCUUGCUCUCUAAACCUUCUCUAGCUGUCUGUUUCUCUACGUCUCUAACCUCUUUAGCUUCCCUAGGUGUCUGGUUGUCUAGCUUCUCUACGUCUCUAACCUCUCCAAUGCUCUCUAACCCUUCUCUAGCUGUCUGCUUCCUCUAGCUGCUCUCUAACCCUUCUCUAGCUGUCUGCUUCCUCUAGCUCUCUAACCCUUCUCUAGCUACCUGGCUUCUCUGUGCUCUCUAACCCCUCUCUAGCCGUCUGCUUCCUUUUACUCUCUAACCCUUCUCUAGCUGUCUGCUUCCUCUGUGCUCUCUAACCCCUCUCUAGCCGUCUGCUUCCUCUUACUCUCUAACCCUUCUCUAGCUGUCUGCUUCCUCUUGCUCUCUAACCCCUCUCUAGCCGUCUGCUUCCUCUUGCUCUCUAACCCUUCUCUAGCUGUCUAGACUCUCUGAUUCCCUUGUGCUCUCUAGCCCUUCUCUAGCUGUCUAGACUCUCUCGUUUUCCUCUUGCUCUCUAAACCUUCUCUAGCUGUCUGUUUCUCUACGUCUCUAACCUCUUUAGCUUCCCUAGGUGUCUGGUUGUCUAGCUUCUCUACGUCUCUAACCUCUCCAAUGCUCUCUAACCCUUCUCUAGCUGUCUGCUUCCUCUAGCUGCUCUCUAACCCUUCUCUAGCUGUCUGCUUCCUCUAGCUCUCUAACCCUUCUCUAGCUACCUGGCUUCUCUGUGCUCUCUAACCCCUCUCUAGCCGUCUGCUUCCUUUUACUCUCUAACCCUUCUCUAGCUGUCUGCUUCCUCUGUGCUCUCUAACCCCUCUCUAGCCGUCUGCUUCCUCUUACUCUCUAACCCUUCUCUAGCUGUCUGCUUCCUCUUGCUCUCUAACCCCUCUCUAGCCGUCUGCUUCCUCUUGCUCUCUAACCCUUCUCUAGCUGUCUAGACUCUCUGAUUCCCUUGUGCUCUCUAGCCCUUCUCUAGCUGUCUAGACUCUCUCGUUUUCCUCUUGCUCUCUAAACCUUCUCUAGCUGUCUGUUUCUCUACGUCUCUAACCUCUUUAGCUUCCCUAGGUGUCUGGUUGUCUAGCUUCUCUACGUCUCUAACCUCUCCAAUGCUCUCUAACCCUUCUCUAGCUGUCUGCUUCCUCUAGCUGCUCUCUAACCCUUCUCUAGCUGUCUGCUUCCUCUAGCUCUCUAACCCUUCUCUAGCUACCUGGCUUCUCUGUGCUCUCUAACCCCUCUCUAGCCGUCUGCUUCCUUUUACUCUCUAACCCUUCUCUAGCUGUCUGCUUCCUCUGUGCUCUCUAACCCCUCUCUAGCCGUCUGCUUCCUCUUACUCUCUAACCCUUCUCUAGCUGUCUGCUUCCUCUUGCUCUCUAACCCCUCUCUAGCCGUCUGCUUCCUCUUGCUCUCUAACCCUUCUCUAGCUGUCUAGACUCUCUGAUUCCCUUGUGCUCUCUAGCCCUUCUCUAGCUGUCUAGACUCUCUCGUUUUCCUCUUGCUCUCUAAACCUUCUCUAGCUGUCUGUUUCUCUACGUCUCUAACCUCUUUAGCUUCCCUAGGUGUCUGGUUGUCUAGCUUCUCUACGUCUCUAACCUCUCCAAUGCUCUCUAACCCUUCUCUAGCUGUCUGCUUCCUCUAGCUGCUCUCUAACCCUUCUCUAGCUGUCUGCUUCCUCUAGCUCUCUAACCCUUCUCUAGCUACCUGGCUUCUCUGUGCUCUUUAACCCUUCUCUAGCUGUCUGCUUCCUCUGUGCUCUCUAACCCUUCUCUAGCUGUCUGCUUUCUCUAGCUCUCUAACCCUUCUCUAGAUGUCUGCUUCCUCUUGCUCUCUAACCCUUCUCUAGCUCUCUGGGUCCCCUGUGCUCUCUAACCCUUCUCUAGCUGUCUGAUUCCCCUGUGCUCUCUAACCUUCCUUCUCUAGCUGUCUGCUUUCUCUCGCUCUCUAACCCUUCUCUAGCUGUCUGGCUCCUCUGUGCUCUCUAACCUUCCUUCUCUAGCUGCCUAGAAAAAAUGUCUCGCCUCGAGCCGGACUCGAUCCCCCGACCCUCCACUCAACACUCCCAACCCCAACCCACUUGACCAUGCGAGCAUUGAUUUUUUCCAAAAAAAUGGAAUUUUUUGGAUUUUCCACGUGAAAAUCCACGUGUUUUCUAGAAUUUUCCAAAAUUUUCCAAAAAAAAAAAAAUUAUUUCUGAAAUUUUUUUUGCAGACAAAAUGGAUGAGGCUGAACAACGAGAAGCUGCCCGGUCUGAAAAAGAGGAUGACGUCAUCAGCAAGAACCCGGAAGUCAAUUAUGACGUCAGCAGAAACCAGGAGGGAAGUGAGAGAGAAGAGACACAGCAGACGGUUAGAGACGCAGAGAAGCAGGUGCCGAGUAAGGCGGAUAAGAAAUUGGCGUUUUAUGCGAAGCCGCCGACUGUGGAGAUCACUUCGCCGGAUGCGCCACAUCAGGGGGUGAGUGUGCAGAGAUGCAGAGGGGGGUAGGGACGCAGAGGAAGGGGGUUAGAGAGUAUUGGGGGAUGAGGUGGAGAGUGUUAGAGACGCAGAGCAGCUAGACAACCAGACAUCUAGAGAAGAUAAAGACUUUAGAGACAUAGAGAAGAUAGACAGCUAGAUCAGGUUAGAGAGCACUAGAGAUGUGGAGGGUGUUAGAGAAGCUAGAGGGAAGUUGGAAAGCUAUAGAUGCUAGAGAUGCAGAGAAGCUAGACAACCAGACAGGUAGAGGAAGGUUAGAGAGAGGAUAGACAGCUAGGGAAGGUAUAGGGUGUUAGAGACGCAGAAAAGCAGAUAGCUAGAGGAAGGUUAGAGAGCACUAGAGAUGUGGAGGGUGUUAGAGAAGCUAGCUCGAGAGCAUUGGGUUUUGAGAGAGGCAAGACAGCUAGAGAAGCUUAGAGAUCAUGAAAAAAGUGGAGAGGUUAGAGACGCAGAGAAGCUAGACAACCAGGCAGCUAGAGAAGAUUAGGGGUACUAGAGACGCAGAGAAACUAUAGAGGUUAGAGAUCACUAGAAAUGUGGAGGGUGUUAGAGACGCAGAGAAGCUAGACAUCCAGAUAGCUAGAUAACUCUAGAGAGCACGGGAGAUGUGGAGGGUGUUAGAGACGCAGAGCCGCUAGACAACCAGACAUCUAGAGAAAGGUUGGAGGGAGGUUAGAGACGCAGAGAAGCUAGACAACCAGACAGGUAGAGGAAGGUUAGAGAGAGGAUAGGCAGCUAGGGAAGGUAUAGGAUAUUAGAGACGCAGAGGAACUUCAGAGGUUAGAGACCAGACAGCUGGAGGAAGGUUAGAGAGCACUAGAUUUUGAGAGAGGCUAGACAGAUAGAGAACAUGAAGAAGGUGGAGAGUGUUUGUAAGAUGUUAGAGACGCAGAGAAGCUAGACAACCAGACACCUAGAGAAGGUAUAGGGUGUUAGAGACGCAGAGAAGCAGACAGCUAAAGAAGCCAGAGAGUUAGGUUAGAGAGCACUAGAUUUUGAGAGAGAGACUAGACAGCUAGACAACCAGACAAUAUAAGAGGGUUAGAGACGCAGAGAAGCUAGAAAAUCCAGAGUUUUGAGCAUUUUCAGCAUUUCCAGCUCAAUUUUUCCAGCAAAAAAUCAGAUUUUCAGAAUUUUUCCAAGUUUCUAGCCCAGUUUUUUACCCCAAAUCCGAAAAUUUUUGAAAUUUUUUUCCAUUUUCAUCCCACAAAAGUGCUAAAAAGCUUUACGCUAUCAAAUUUCAGGCAUUUCACGAUGUGAAAGAGCCCAAAAAUGCUCCAAAAUUGGUAGAAGAAGCUGAAGAGGAAGAGGAAGAGGAGCCGCAAUUUUCAGAGGAUAUGGAUGAGGAGAGACGCAGGUUUUCGGCUGAAAAUCCGGCUGAAAAUGCUGAAAAUUUGGCUAAAACUGUAGAAUAUUCUGGAGCUCAGGCUGAAAAUGGAAGUUUAGCUGAAAAUCAAGAAUCCUAUGAUCCAAAUGCUUAUCCGGGUGAGUUUAAUAUGAGCAAUCCCUAAAUUUUCGUUAAAGGAAGCUUCCUAGUUGUAUUCUAACAUGAGCAAUCCCAAAAUUUUCAUAAUUUACUGUUUUUUGAAGCCAUUGCUCAUGUUAGAAGGGUUAAUAUGAGCAAUGCUUCAAAAUUUGAUUUUUUUGUUAAAGGAAGCUUCCUAGUUGGGGUUUAAUAUGAGCAAUCUCCCAAUUUCCGUUAAAGGAAGCUUCCUAGGCGGGGUUUAAUAUGAGCAAUCCCAACUUUUUUUUUUUUUUUUGUUAAAGGAAGCUUCCUAGGUGGGGUUUAAUAUGAGCAAUCUCAAAAAUUUCGUCAAAGGAAGCUUUCUAGGUGGGGUUUAAUAUGAGCAAUCCCGAAAUUUUCAGUUUUUUUUGUUAAAGGAAACUUCCUAGGUGAGGUUUAAUAUGAGCAAUGGUUAAAAAUUUGAUUUUUUUGUUAAAGAAAGCCAUUGCUCAUGUUAAAAAGGGUUAACAUGAGCAAUGGUUCAAAAUUUGGUUUUUUUGUUAAAGGAAGCUUCAUAGUUGGAUUAUAACAUGAGCAAUCCCAAAUUUUUCAAUGAUUGCUCAUGUUAAGAAUUAGCUGGGUAGCUUCCAUUAACGAAAAAACUAUAUUGCUCAUGUUAAACAUUUUUUUUUGCAGGCUAUAUUUGGAACUAUGAAACUCAACAAUGGGAUUAUGAUCCGAACUACGUCCAGGCCCAAGAUCAGGCCCAAGAUCAGGCCCAGGCCUACGACUACUCGGCCUACGAGGCCCAGCAAAAGGCCUACGAUGAGGUCUACGGCGAGGGUGCCUAUGCGGUGGCCUACGGAGACCCGCAGGCCCAGGCCCAGGCCUAUCCGGAAGCCUAUGAUCAGGCCACCUAUGAGGCCCAGCAGAAGGCCUAUGAUGAGGUGUAUGGGGAGGGGGCCUAUGCGGCGGCGUAUGGGGCCCCGCAGGCUCAAGCCCAGACCGAAGAUCAGGCCGCCUAUGAUUAUGAUCAGGCCUAUGGAGAGGGAGCGUAUGCGGCGGCCUUGCAGGCUCAAGCCGAAGCCUAUCAGGCCCAAGAUCAGGCCUAUGUGGAAGCCCAGCAGCCCGUGGAAGGCCAAGCCCAGGCCCAGGAGUACGAUUAUUCGGCCUAUGGUGGAUAUGAGGGAUAUUUGGAGGCCUGCCGACAGUAUGAUGAGGCUCAGGCCUAUCAGGCCGAGCCUGAAGCCCAGGCUUAUCAGGCCCAAGAGCAGGCCUAUCAGGCUGAAGCCCAGGCCUACCAGGCUCCGGCCCCGAUCAAGCCGCUUUUUGAACAGUGAGUUCUUUUUGAGGGGAAACUAGAGUCUAGUUUGAGCCUAGAUUAUGAGACUAUACUCUAGUUUGACCCCGAGUUAUGGAACUAGACUCUAGUUUGACCCCGAGUUAUGAGACAAGAGUCUAGUUUUGAAGAUUCUCAAAAAUUUGAAGAUUUUUCAAAACUAGACUCUAGUUUGACAUAAGUAGAAACUAGAAUCUAGUUUUACAUCAAUAGAAACUAGAUUGUAGUCUAGAUUUUUUUUUGGGAAACUAGACUCUAGUUUGAUCCUGGAUUCGACUACACUCUAGCUUAAAACUACAAUGAAACUAGAGUCUAGUUUUGAAGAAUUUUUAAAAACUCUACUCUAGUUUGACAUCAGAAAAAACUAGAGUCUAGUUUCCCAAAAAAUCGAUUUUUUGGGAAACUAGACUCUAGUUUGAUCAUCUCUAGAAAUAAAAAUAGAAAUUUUUUUUGAAAAUUCAAAUUUCCCGCUCAAUUUUCCAAGGCGGGAAAUUCAAAAAUUCAAAUUUCCCGCCACGUGGAUUUUUUGGCGCCAAAAUUCGAAAUUUAAAAUUUUUGCAGAGCUCCCACCAAUGAUCCCUAUGCCUGGGAUGCUCCAGCUCAACCCGAACCCUACAAACCACCAACUCCCGAAGAGCCCGAACUCAAGCCCGAACCAGAAUUGGAGCCGAAGCCUGCUCCAGCCCGGCCCGGCCCACCAGCUCGACCAGAAGCCCCGCAGGCCAACAGGGCUCCACCAAGACCGCCUGCGGCAUCCGGAAAAUCCGCGCCGCCUCCGCGACCCGCCGCAGCCGCGCCGAAAAAAGAAAAGGAGCCGAAAGAAGAGGAAGACGCAUGGGCGCAAUUCAAAAAAAUGACCGAAAAAGUGAGUGAUAGACAAUGGAGAAGAGAGAGAGUGCAGAGAAAGGGAGAGAGAAGGGGAGAGAUAUUUAAAGCGAAAAAAAGCAGGCAGGGUGAAACGUGUGUGUGGCCGAGUGGUGAGAAGAGAUGCGUGUGAGACGAGAGGUGGCGGGUUCGAACCCCGCUGCGAACUAUUGUGGCGAUGAAAUGUGGCACAGACCUGUUCCUAAAGCUAUGAGGAAAACGCUAGCAUGAGCCUAUUUUUUCUCGAUUUUGUGGGCCUGGGCUAGGCCUAGGCUCUAGGCCUAUUUACAUUCAAAAUUUUGCAAUUUUCAGGUGUCCGAUCUCGUCAAGAACACCGAAUCAACACUGAAGAACCUCGAAGAAACAUCAGCAGCCAAUGACAUCAAAGAUGAGAGUUAUUUCGCGCAAAUCGGAGGAUCUCAGGGUUUUGUAAAUGAUGCAACCCAAAGGGAGAUUCAAAGGCUGAAUGACGAGAAAAAAGGCGGCGAAAGCGCAGAAGAAAAAACUGAAGCAACAGGGAAAAAAGGGUGGGGCAAGUCCGCCGCAAGAUUUCGACGCGGAAGAUGCGAUGGAUCGCGCUGCGCAAGAGCUGGCGAUCAAAUUGGCAUCGAUGCGAACGGAUAUUGGAGAGUGGAAGGCGCCGGAGAUGGUGGAAGCGGUCCCCAAACCCGUUGCGGAUCUCAAGCGGACUGACAGCGCUUCCGCGAUUCCGCCUCGCAAAAAAUCGUCGAUCAAAGAUGUUCAGCAGGAUUCGGGCGGAAGUCUGGAACUUCCAGCGCACCUCGCGACAUCGCAACAGGAUCCGGAUCCGGUCGGCGAUUUUGCGCCCGAUGAUCCGAUUCUCUCGGCCCCGGCCUGGGCCGAUUUCGAAACAUCGGACCCCGUUCUACCCCCAAGUGAGAGUGGUUUCUUCUCGGCGUCCAACAAAGACUCUGCGGAUCCCUUUUCCGCUUCCGCAGGUCAACGCGACGCGGAAGACGAUCCGUUUGUGGUUGGUGAGCGGAACGCGGAAAAGGAGGCGACGACACCGGUUGCGGAUCCGUUUGCACCGCAACAGGCGGCGCUUAUUGAUGAGGUGGGUCUUUAAUAUGAGCAAUGCUAUUUUUUGCAUGAUUGCUCAUGUUAACAAUUACCUGGGUAUCUUCCUUUAACGUUAAAAAACUAGCAUUGCUCAUAUUAAGAUAGGCUAUAAUAUGAGCAAUGCUAUUUUUCGUUAAAGGAAGCUUUGGGGUUUAAUAUGAGCAAUCCUAAAAAUUUUGAUGAUUGCUCAUGGUAACAAUUAGCUGAAUAUCUUCCUUUAACGAAAAAAACGAGCAUUGCUCAUAUUAAGAUAAGCUAUAAUAUGAGCAAUGCUAUUUUUUGUUAAAGGAAGUUUUAAGAUUUAAUAUGAGCAAUCCUAGAAAUUUUACAUGAUUGCUCAUAUUAAGAAUUAGCUGGGGUUGUCCUUUAACGAAAAAAACGAGCAUUGCUCAUAUUAGGAUAGGCUAUAAUAUGAGCAAUCCUAGAAAUCUAUACAUUGCUCAGAUUAACUGGGAAAUUUAGGUUUAACAUGAGCAAUCCUAAGAAUUUCUAGAUUGCUCAGAUUAGUAAGAAAAUGUGGGAUUAAUAUGAGCAACUGUUUUUUUUUCAAAAAUGAUAGCUUCCUUUAAGAAACCAUUGCUCAUUUUAGAAUUUUAAUAUGAGAAAUGUUAAGUUUCUUAUAAUUGCUCAUGUUAAAGGAAAAGUAUAGGCUUAAUAUGAGCAAUCCUAGAAAUUUCUAGAUUGCUCAGAUUAACUGGAAAAUUGAGGUUUAACAUGAGCAAUCCUAGAAAUUCCUACAUUGCUCAUAUUAAAAAAAAUUGGGUUGAUAUGAGAUUUUGAAUUUUCAAAUUUCGCGCCUUGAAAAAUUUGAGCGGGAAAUUUGAAUUUCCCGCCAAAAAUCACGUGACAUAAAAUUUGAAUUUUUGAAUUUCGCUCUUCGAAAAAUUUGAGCGGGAAAUUUGAAAAUUGCGUUGAAAAAUUUGAUGAGCAAUCCUUCUAAGAGGUAUAACAUGAGAGCAAUGCCAGGAAUUUAUACAUUGCUCAUAUUAACUGGGAAAUUUAGGUUUAACAUGAGCAAUCCUAGAAAUUUAUACAUUGCUCAUAUCAACUGGGAAAUUGAGGUUUAACAUGAGUAAUGCUUACCAGCUGAGAAUGUGCUUUAUUUUUAAUAUGAGCAAUAAUAAGAGCUAUAUAUUGCUCAGAUUAAGAAAAAUUUUAACAUGAGCAAAAUCCUUCUCAAAAAAUCGAUGUUUUUUCCAGAGCUAUGAUCCAUUCGCAGUUGUGUCAGUAGAAGAAGUGGUGGCAAUGGCAAAAGCGAAAGCGGAACAAGCGGCAGCCAACGCGGAAAACGACGAGGAUUUCUACGCGCGCCAAUCUCCCGCCCUCUCCACCCCAACUCCCGAAGGCGGUAGCCCAAUCUCCCAAGCUCGCCCCAACCGCUUCGAAGACGAUUUCAAAUGUCCACCCCAAGGAACUCUCGACACACCAACCCCACUCUACGAUGAAGAUGACUCGCAACCCCUUGGCGAUUUCAUUCCGAAGUUCAACGGUGACGGGUGGGAUUUGAUGGUUCGACAUCCGAUCAAGAAAAAAUCCUUCAUGGCGGAGCGAUGCUGGAAACCUUGUUUCGUGAAGCUACACGGUCAAACCCUCUACGUUUUUAACGAUAAAAAAGAUUCGAGCCCAAUUCAGGAGCUCUUACUGCAAGCGACCUAUUCUCUGUCGGACACGACACUUCAGGCUUAUGAUGUUUAUGGGAAAAUUCAUACGGUGAAGCUGCAAUUUGUGGUUUACAAGGAGAAAGUGGGAAUAAGGCCGGGACAGAUUAGUAGGCUUGUUGAUGGACAUGUCACCAAGUAUGGGCUGCCCUUAGAGCACUCUGCGCAGUGUACAGUACUCUUGAAGUUUGGCAGUUUGAAUGCGGCGGAUUUGCAGAGUUUUGUCACCACUAUUGAGGAUGUGCUAUUCAAGUGUAGUAUUUCGCGGACUGCCAAACCGAUCUAUAAACAGGAUGAGGUGCAGGUGCACUGCUAUGAUGAGUACUCGGCUUACGUGGAUAAGGAUGGGGUGCUGUCGGAUCAGAAGGCGCGGGUUCGACUGUUUUGCUUGGCGUUUUUGACGGGUUAGUUAGGGACCCUUUACUCUUGGACCAUUUGCGCAUUUUUUGAGACCCCACAAGCCCAGGGAAAUUUGAAAAUUCGAAUUUCCCACGCAGAUUUUUUUUGAGACCCCUUUAAAGGUACAUACAGUACUGUGUCCAAAAGUGUAUGAUUUAAAAAAAAAUGUAUGAUUUAAAGGUACAGUACUGUCAAAAACUUACAUUUUAAAGGAACAUACAGUACUGUGGCCAAAAAUGUAUGAUUUAACGGUACAUUCAGUACUGCCCGAAAACGUACAUUUUAAAGGUACAGUACUGGCCGAAAACUUACAUUUUAAAGGUACAUACAGUAUUGUCCAAAAAUGUAUGAUUUAACGGUACAUUCAGUACUGCCCGAAAACGUACAUUUUAAAGGUACAGUACUGGCCGAAAACUUACAUUUUAAAGGUACAUACAGUAUUGUCCAAAAAUGUAUGAUUUGAAGGUACAGUACUGGCCGAAAACUUACAUUUCAAAGGUACAUACAGUAUUGUCCAAAAAUGUAUGAUUUGAAGGUACAGUACUGGAUGAAAACUUGCAUUUUAAAGGUACAUACAGUACUGUGUCCAAAAAUGUAUGAUUUAACGGUACAUUCAGUACUGCCCGAAAACGUACAUUUUAAAGGUACAGUACUGGCCGAAAACUUACAUUUUAAAGGUACAUACAGUAUUGUCCAAAAAUGUAUGAUUUGAAGGUACAGUACUGGCCGAAAACUUACAUUUUAAAGGUACAUACAGUAUUGUCCAAAAAUGUAUGAUUUGAAGGUACAGUACUGGAUGAAAACUUGCAUUUUAAAGGUACAUACAGUACUGUGUCCAAAAAUGUAUGAUUUAACGGUACAUUCAGUACUGCCCGAAAACGUACAUUUUAAAGGUACAGUACUGGCCGAAAACUUACAUUUUAAAGGUACAUACAGUAUUGUCCAAAAAUGUAUGAUUUGAAGGUACAGUACUGGCCGAAAACUUACAUUUUAAAGGUACAUACAGUAUUGUCCAAAAAUGUAUGAUUUGAAGGUACAGUACUGGAUGAAAACUUGCAUUUUAAAGGUACAUACAGUACUGUGUCCAAAAAUGUAUGAUUUAACGGUACAUUCAGUACUGCCCGAAAACGUACAUUUUAAAGGUACAGUACUGGCCGAAAACUUACAUUUUAAAGGUACAUACAGUAUUGUCCAAAAAUGUAUGAUUUGAAGGUACAGUACUGGCCGAAAACUUACAUUUUAAAGGUACAUACAGUAUUGUCCAAAAAUGUAUGAUUUGAAGGUACAGUACUGGAUGAAAACUUGCAUUUUAAAGGUACAUACAGUACUGUGUCCAAAAAUGUAUGAUUUGAAGGUACAGAACUGGCCUAAAACAUAAAUUUUAAAGGUACAGUACUGGGCAAAAACAUAAAUUUUAAAGGUACAGUACUGGCCGAAAACAUACAUUUUAAAGGACCAUACAGUACUGGCCGAAAACAUACAUUUUAAAGGUACAUACAGUAGUGUGUCCAAAAAUGUACGAAUUUUGAUUUUCGGAGAUUUGCAAUUUUUUGAACCUGAGCUUGCCUAGGAAAAUUCGAAAAUUUGAAAUUCAAAUUUCCCGCUCAAUUUUUCGAGGCGCGAAAUUUAAAAAUUCAAAUUUUUUGCCAUUUGGUUUUUUAGGCGCGUAAAAACAUUUUGAAAAUUCAAAAUUUCCCACGCGGUUUUUUCGAGGCGGGAAAUUUGAAAAUUCAAAUUUUCUGAUGAAAUUUGAUUGCUCAUGUUAUGCUGUGAGAUUUUAAUAUGAGCAAUCCAAUACAUUUCCAUAUUGCUCAGAUUGAGCUGAAAAAUGUGGUAGCUAAAUUUUAGGGUAAUUUAGAAAAAGCUAAGGUCAAUUUUAGGGUAAUUAAGGAAGUUAGGGUAAUUAAUUAAGCUAAUUUUAGAUUGCGGAAAGGCUUCCGGAAGGUUUCUGAAGGAUGCGGAAGGGUUUUAGGGCUUCCGGAAGGCUUCUAAAAGAUGCGGAAAGGCUUUUAGAGCUUACGGAAGCGCUAAAGGUUUUAAAAAAGGUUCUAGAAGCACCUAAGGCUUCCGGAAGGAUGCGGAAAGACUUCCGGAUGCCUUAAAAGCCUUCCGGAAGCAUCUUAAGGUCCCUGAAGAGUUCUAAAGGAUGCGGAAGGCUUUUAGGGCAUCCGGAAGCGCCUAAGGUUACUAAAAGGGUUCUAGAAGCACCUAAAGGGCCCUAAAUGGUCCGAAAGGCCUUCCAAAGGCCUUCCCAUUUUCCAGGCUCACCAGUUCUCGAAGUCGGUCUCAACGAUCGCCGCCGCCAAGGCAAAGAAAUCGUCCGCCGCAAAGACAUCCUCCCAAUGUACACCGAACGUUGGAUCCGCUUCGAAAAUCUCGACUUCCACUCGAUCAUCAACCAAAACGAGUUCGACAAAGAGCAGGUGAUCAGUUUCAGUCCACCAGACGGCUGCUUCUUCGAAAUCAUGCGUUUCCGCGUGCGUCCGCCGCGGAAUCGCGAAAAAGCGAUGAGCGUCAAGUGCGUCAUGAAGAUUGCGGGAAGUAAAGUGGAGAUUCGAAUUGAGGCGAUGGCGGCGGCGCAAAUUCAGCGAACUCGCGGUUCGGAUGAACGCAGGCAGAUUCCGUGCGAAGAUAUUGCGAUCAGGUUUCCGAUUCCCGAAGCGUGGAUCUAUUUGUUCAGGGAGGAACGGCAUUGGGGAGUCGGGUCGAUUCAUUCGAAAAAGUUGAGGCCUGGAAAGGUUAAGGUGAGUCUCUAGCCGUCUAGCUUCUCUGCGUCUCUAGAUAGCUUCUCUGGAACCUUCUAGACUCUCUGCGUGUCUAGAUGUCUAGUUGUCUAGCUGAACACUCUGCGUCUCCAACAAGAUUCAUGUUCUCUAGCUGUCUAGUUGUCUAGGUAAACACUCUGCGUCUCUAGCUUCUCUAGCCAUCUAGCUGAUAAUCUCCUAGACUCUAGUUUUGCGUCUCUAGCUACCUGGCUUUUUUUCUCUAGCUUCUCUGGAAUCUUCUACACUCUAGAUGUCUGGUUUCUCUGCGUCUCUAGAUUCUCUAGUUUCUCUAGAUGUCUAGCUAAAUACUCUGCGUCUCUAACGGGAUUCCUGUUUUCUAGUUGUCCAGCUACUCUGGUUUCUCUGCGUCUCUCACAGAUUUCCUGAUCUCUAGCUUCUCUGGAUUCUCUAGCUUCUCUCACCGGUUUCCUAAUCUCUACGUAUCUAGCUAAACACUCUACGUCUCUGACAAGAUAUCAGUUCUCUAGUUGUCUGGCUUCUCUGCACCCUCUGGCUAGUCUACGUCUCUCACACCAUCCCUUGAUCUCUGGGUUCUUCAAUUUUUCUUGUUUCUCUCUAUCUGUCUAGCUAAACACUCUACGUCUCUAAUCAAUAAUGAUGUCUAGGCUCUCUGGUUGUCUGGCCUCUCUAGCUUCUCUAACCAGCUUCGUUAAAUCUAGCUGUCUAGCUAAACACUCUGCGUCUCUUACCAUAUAGCUUUCUAGUUUCUCUGGCUGUCUGGCCUCUCUGCAUCUCUAACCAGCUUCGUUAAAUCUAGCUGUCUAGCUAAACACUCUGCGUCUCUAGCUGUCCAGCUGCUCUGUAACCUCCUAGACUCUAGCCGUCUAGCUUCUCUGCGUCUCUAACCCCUCUCCCCAAUUCUUCCAGAACCUCAAAGAUCGCCUCCUCGGCGCCGUGCAAACCAGCGAAGCCAAUCUCAUCGAAUGCGCAAUCGGCGAAGCCAAAUACGAGCACGUCUACCGGAGUCUCGUUUGGCGAAUCCCUCGCCUGCCCGAAAAACAUCACGCCGCCUACAAAGCACAUCUCCUGAAGUGUCGAUUCGAACUCUCUUCAUUUGAUCUGAUGCCCGAAGCUUUUCUGCCAAGGUGUGACGUGGAAUUCACAAUGCCACUGGCUACGGUAUCGAAUACGGUAGUGAGAAGUGUGUCGGUGGAACAACAUGAGGAUAGUGAUCGAGUGGAGAAGUUUGUCAGAUAUGUCGCCAAGUAUCAGUAUAAGGUGGGUGUGUUUGCGGAAGCGGAAGCUUCCGCAGGCUUCCGGAAGCCUCCGUAUCUCCAUUUCUUCAAUUUCAGGUCGAAAUCGACUAUGUCCAAUGUGCCAACCUCGAUCUUGACAUGGCUGAUCCUUCCGUGAAUCCGGAAGCGGCUUCCGCACCCGUUCCGGACAUGCAUCAACCCACAUUCAAUCAUCCUGAUCAGAAUGCGGAGAAUCAGCAGGGGUGAGUUGGAAAAUUUUGAAUUUUUGAAUUUCGCGCAUUGGGAGAUUCUGGCGGGAAAUUUGAAUUUCCCGUUGAAAUUUGGUUUUUCAGACUUCCAGACCGAUUUUCAGGCUUCUGGACCAUUUUUUCCGGUUGCUAGACUUGCGGACUAGUUUUCCAGAUUGCUGGCCGAAUUUUUUUGAUAUUUGGUUUUCUAGGCCAUGGGAAAAUUAAUCCUUUUUUUUUUGAAUUUUCAAAUUUCCCACCAAGAAAAUUUAGGCGGGAAGUUUGAAUUUUUGAAUUUUCAAUAUUCCCGCGAAAAUCCACGUGGCAUAAAAUUUGAAUUUUUGAAUUUUUUUUUUGAAUUUUUGAAUUUUCAAAUUUCGCGCCUUGGAAAAUUUAGGCGGGAAUUUUUAAUUUUUCAAAUUUCGCGCCCUGGAAAAUUAUGGCGGGAAAUUUGAAUUUUCAAAUUUCCCGCCCUGGAAAAUUGAGCGGGAAGUUAGAAUUUUCAAAAUGUUGUUUAACGUCAAAAAUCCACGUGGCAUGAAUUUUUGAAUUUUCAAAUUUCCCGCCUUGGAAAAUUUAGGCGGGAAAUUUGAAUUUUCAAAUUUUCAAAUUUCCCGCCGAAAAUCCACGUGGCAUGAAAUUUUGAAUUUUCAAAUGUCGCGCCAGAAAAAUUGAGCGGGAAAUUUGAAUUUUCAAAAUUUUGUUUAACGUCAAAAAUCCACGUGGCAUGAAAAUUUGAAUUUUCAAAUUUCCCGCCUAAUUUUCAAGGCGCGAAAUUUGAAUUUUUGAAAUUUUGUUUGACGUCAAAAAUCCACGUGGCUUUUUUUCACUUUUUUUUUUUUUUUUUUUUGAAUUUUCAAAUUUCUCUCCUUCGAAAAUUCAGGCGUGAGAUUUGAAUUUUCAAAUUUCCCUAGGCUUAUGAGGUUUCAAAAAAUCCGCAAUUUUCUACAGUACCCCCAAAUCCUACAGUACCCCUCAAAAUUUCCCAUUUCCAGCUACCGUAUCGAUUUCAAUGAGGCUGAAAUGGGCGGAGCCAAUCGACCGCGCGAUGAUUCGAGCUCAGAUGACGAAGUCGACUCACACAAAAUGCCCAUAAUUCAAAUCGACAUGAAAAAUUAUGGAUAUUGA